CGGGCGGUUCGUCCCCUCCCGCCGCGGCUGCCAGCGCCGCCGGCACCAUGGGCUGCUGCUGCCGCCUCCUCUUCCUCGCCUUCCUCUUCCUCCCGGCUGGACUGGGCGAUGACUCCAGGAGCAGUGUCCCUCACCCCUGCCAGCCCUCCCUUCCCCUCGGAGGGGAUCCCAGCAGGGCCAGGCUCCAGGGAUGCCGCUGUCCCCACGCCAGCUCCUGGCCAGCCCUCGCUGCCUGUGUCCACAGGACCUGCUGGAGACAGGGCGUCCCCCAGGCUGAUGAAGGGGGAUGGCCACAACGCCACCCCCACGGCGGCACUGUCCCCUGCUCCUGCCUCCGUCACUGUGAGCUCCAUCGCCGUGGCCACCAUCACCAGAGCAGGCAGCCCAUCCGUAGCCACCAACCCCAGCUCGGUGCCACCAACCUUGGAGACAGCCCCAGGUCUUUGGACAGCAAAUACUGCCAGCUUCACAAGAGGCAGGAUGGAUUUGGGGGCAGCUCCCAGCCCCACGGGCACACCUGCAUCCUCCUCCUCCGUCCCUACCAGUGACCUGUACUCAUCCCCUGGGAUGCUCUCGUCCCCAACGCCUGUCCUCAUGAGCCCUGGCACCACCCAGCCACCAGCGCUGACCAAGGACAUCCCUUCCUUGGGGACGCUGGCCAUGGCAUCAAGCCUGGCCAUGGAGCCAACAUCCCCUCCAGCGACUGUGACAAGCCCCACCGAAGCCGAGGCCACAGCCACCAGCAAAACCACCCUCUCCACUGGAGUCACCAUGGAAGAGGUCCCACGUGCCUUGAGUGCAGGGAGCAUCGUGGCCAUAACCGUGACCGUCAUCGUGGUGGUGGUGCUGGUUUUCGGGGCAGCAGCGUACCUCAAGAUCAGGCACUCCUCCUACGGCAGACUUUUGGAUGACCACGAGUACGGCUCCUGGGGCAACUACAACAACCCUCUCUAUGAUGACUCCUAGCAGGGACAAGGAAAAAAAAAAAAAAGAAAAAAAAAAAAAUCCUUAAUUUAUAAGCGCUUCUGCAGCAGAGCAUCCGCUGUCGAGGAGACGCCCGGGCACCGAGCCAGUGCUGCAGGCAGAAUUAUGGCGGGUCCAGCAAACGACAGGCAACUGGAGGGUGGGCACGUGGCGCCCACAAUAAACAUGAAUUCUGGCCUUUGCGUAGGAAA